GAUAUGGAUACCAGUACACAGGUGUAGGCGGAAACACGUAUGGGCGGCCUGGGGGAAAGAACGCUGAAAAUCCAGUUAAGAAAAUGUCCGAAAAAGUAGCCAACCUGUUUGUGUCAUGAUAAAUACUACUCAAAGAAGAAAUAAUGUAGUGUUGCAGUAGAUCCUGUGUGGAUGUACAGUGACUAGAGUGAAAGGGAAACGUGCAAUAUGUCUUCAAACUUGGCCAAGUUGGAGUCGGAGGAGGACUGCGAAGGAGUUGUUGUGUUUCACAAACGCGACCACUUUGCUAGCGGCUUCUCUUCAAUGGAAAGCAUCAGAAGGAAGGGGAAAUUAUGCGAUGUGACGCUCAAGGUUGGAGAAAGCAAAUUCUCGGCACAUCGGAUUGUCUUGGCAGCAAAUAUCCCAUACUUCCAUGCUAUGUUCACCAGUGAUAUGGUUGAGAGUAAACAAGAAGAGAUCACGAUGAGUGGCAUUGAGCCAAGUGCACUGGAGACACUUGUUAACUAUGCAUACAGCGGUAGAGUGGCGAUGGAUAUACACAAUGUGCAAUCAAUACUAGUAGGAGCCAACUUCCUACAGCUACAGGACAUCAAAGAAGCCUGUUGUGAGUUUCUCGGAGAAAGGCUACACCCAAGCAACUGUCUUGGAAUUCGUCGCUUCGCCGACACCAUGGUGUGCUCCAAACUCUUCGAGGCCUCCACGAGCUUCAUGCACAAGAAGUUUGUGGACACGUCCCUCUCGGAAGAAUUCCUGACCCUCAGCAAAAACGAACUCAUGGAGAUCAUUUCCACGGACGAGCUCAACAUUGGCGGGGAGGAACAAGUAUUUGAUGCUGUUGUGGGCUGGGUGAAGUACGACCUAGCCGGCCGGAGGUCCUUGAUGCCAGAGCUGCUGUCCAGGGUUCGACUCCCUCUCAUCCGUCCUCAGAUCCUCACUGAUAGGGUAUCAACAGAAGACCUGGUCAGGAGUUCACACCAGUGCAGGGACCUGGUCGAUGAAGCCAAAGAUUACCACUUGAUGCCGGAGCGAAGGGCUCUCUUCCAAAGCCAGCGCACCAAGCCCAGGCUAUGCAAUGACAUCGCUGGUCUCAUCUAUGCAGUGGGCGGCUUAACCAGAGCAGAUUUCUUUAUCACAGGCGAGUCCCUCAACGCGGUGGAGAUCUACGAGCCCUCCACCAACACCUGGACGUCGGGCAAGCCCAUGACCACCCCUCGCAGCCGAGUGGGAGUGACCGUCCUGGCCAGUAGGUUGUAUGCGAUUGGCGGGUACGACGGGCAGGCUCGACUCAACACGGUGGAGGUGUUUGAUCCCUGCAGCAGUGAGUGGUGGGACGUGGCACCCAUGAACAGCAGACGAAGUGCCCUCGGUGUAGCUGCGUUGGAUGGCCGUGUCUACGCAUGCGGUGGCUACGAUGGUAUCUCAUCUCUCAGCUCGGUCGAAUGCUAUGACCCGGACACAAAUAAGUGGUACAUUGUGUCGGACAUGACCAAAUCACGCAGUGCUGCAGGGGUGGCUGUACUUAACGGUGAAAUCUAUGCAGUAGGGGGCCAUGACGGGCUGCAGAUAUUUAACUCGGUGGAGUGUUUCAACCAUUUCACCGGUCGGUGGACUGUGGUCCCUCCCAUGCAGAGCAAGCGCUGUCGGCUGGGCGUCACCGCCUUCAACGGCAAGCUGUACGUCUGCGGCGGCUACGACGGCUGCAAGUUCCUGGACACGGUGGAAGUCUACGACCCCGUGGCCAACCAGUGGUCCUACGCCACGCCCAUGAACUCCAGGCGCAGCCGGGUGGCGCUGGUGGCCAACCAGGGCCACCUGUACGCCAUCGGGGGCUACGACGGCCUGACCAACUUGAACUCCGUGGAGCGCUACGACGUGCACGCGGACAAGUGGACCCUGGUGGGCCCCAUGAUGGCACACGAGGGCGGUGUUGGGGUCGGAGUCAUACCGCUGACUGGAUGACGAGUCACUUGCAUCACACUGUCAGGUGGCAAACUUUCACAGACUGCCAAGAAAGCUAAUGGCACUUAAAGCAAAUACACCAAGUAGGAUACUUCAAGGGGCCAUUUUGAAGAGCAGCUCAAUUACAUUAUUUGGAAAGCGCUGAUUGUUUUUCCUGGAAUCUUGUUUUUUAGGAAUCGGUGUACAUCAAAUCUACGGAAGAUGUAUAAUUUUUGAAUAUUGGGUUUUCAUCUUCGAUGACAUGACAUAAACACUGUACGGUCAAUGCCAUCCGAGAGCUUGGGAGAAAAUUGCAAACCCGAUCGGGUUGGAUUUGAACCAAAGACCAUGGACCCACCAGUGCGGACGACCUACCCACUCAACUAACGAGCUUACUAUGAAAUUAUGUCCAGGGAGGUCCAAACUAAAGCAGAAAAAUGUCACAAAGCAAACAUGUCAUGCUAUUUUGAAUUUUUUUGAAUUUGUUUUUUUUUUAGACAGGUUCUGAACUGAUUUUUGCAAUAUGUUACACUUAGUAGCUCCACAAAAAUAAAGUCCAUUUCAUAUUUUAUUGUUUGCUUUAUAUUGCCGACGAAAUGUGCUAGUGAGGCAGCUACUCCAACUCUGUUUUAAAGAGCUGUUCAACCCUAAAUAUUUAUUUGCUCUGCGCGGAGCUGGGUUGCUAAGCAGAAAAAUGUGAUGCCAAAAUGUUACCCGUCAGCACUAAAUGAGCAUGAAGUCAGAAUUUUUAAGAAGUGAGAUUUUUUAGAUUUCUGGAUUGUGCAGAGCAAGAACUUUCUAAUGGUAUAUAACACGUUGGGUACUGAGUGCUUAAUGGAUAGACCGCCAACUACAUUGAACUUAUAAAAGAAAUUUUCGAGAAAAUGGCAUUACAAUUCUCACUGUUGUCAAUGAACAGUCAACUU